GCGACGCAGAAAAUUUGUCAACAUUUCAUUUGGGUAUUUGCAAACCGGCUAAAAUGAGGGUUUAUUGGGUCUGUACUCUCAUUUUUACAUCUAUUGUUGAUUGUAAAGAUUUAUAUGAUGUUCUCGGCGUUCAUAAAAGUGCAAGUACCCAGGAAAUCAAAACAGCUUAUAAAAAAUUAGCUCGUGAAUGGCAUCCAGAUAAAAAUGAUGAUCCUUCUGCAGCAGAUAAGUUUACAAAAAUAAAUGAAGCCUAUGAGACUUUAGGAAGUAAAGACAAAAGAGCUGCCUAUGAUAAUUUUGGGCAUACAGCUGGAUAUCAAGAACCUCGAGGACGACCUUUUCAUCAUCCUGGAUUCUCACCUUUUGAUGAUUUCUUUGCUGGUGGAGGAGGAUUUAAGUUUAAUUUUGGAGGGGGUGGGGAAUCUACCCUUGGAAAAUACAAAAUAACACUGAGAAAAUAUGAAAGCAUUAUUGUACCAGAAAGUCAUCAAAAGCCAUGUUUUAUAUAUGUGUACAGUGAUUUCUGUUUUAACUGCAUGAGAGUAGAACCAUUGAUAGAAAAAAUAAUUGUAGAGUUAGAAAACAUAGGUAUGUGUGUUGGAACAUUCCAUGCUAGAGAUAGUGCUAGUUUAACAUCUCAUCUUAGGAUACAUCAAGUACCUACUAUAUUAGCUGUCGUGAAUGGUAGACCUACCUAUUAUAAUGAUCAUGUCAGUAUGCAGAUAUUAAGAAACUUUGUGAGAAAACUGUUCCCUAGAAGUACCUUGACUGAGGUAACAGAUUCAAAUUAUGAGAAGUUUUUAAUGGGUUGGACAGAUAACAGAGUACGUGGAAUAUUCUUCAGUCAAAAAGAGGAACCAUCAGCAAGAUUUUUAGCCCCAGCUUAUCAGUACAGAGAACGUGUAGCAUUUGGUUAUAUUGCAACUCACAGUAAUAAAGCCAUCAUAUUGAUGAAUAAGUUUAAUAUAAAUAGAAACAGGGAUACAUUGUUACUGUUUAAUGAAGAUAUAUCUAGUCCUGUUGCAACAGCUUCUAUGCAACAGAUGUCAAGAAAGACUAUAGAUGAAUUAAUAGAUAGAAAUCUUUAUUUACAACUUCCUCGUCUGUCAUCACAACCUAUCUUUGAAAAACUUUGCCCAGAAGAACCGAGAAGAAAGAAUCGACAGUUUUGUGUGGUGUUGAUAACUGAGAAGAAAGCAGAAUAUGAUAAUCAUAGAACAUUAUUUAGAAACUUUGCUACCUCAUCCAAGUUUCCACCACAACGUGUCAAGUUUACUUACAUGUAUAAAGACACACAAGAUAGAUUUAUAUCAGCAUUGACUAGAGGAAAUAAAACACGGUCAAAUAAUAUUUUAGAGGUGGCUAUUAUUUGGAGAAUGGAUACAAGGAAACUAAAUUAUGAGUUUCUGGAGGCUGGUUGGAAUAUAGAUGAAAAUUCUAUAGGAUUAAGUCGUAAAAGUUUAGAGAAUCGACUACAUGAGCUAUUAAGUAAUGAACAUUUCUUACCAUAUAAAGCUGUAAUACCAGAGGUUUACAAUGAACAUACUUUGGAUUUAUUAACAAGAAUUGUGUAUAAGAUUAUAGAUUGGUCAGAAAGGAUUUAUUGGUUUUUAUGUGGAUAUGAUACAAUGACAUGGACCAGUGUUUUACUUACUCUGGUUUUUAUUGCUCUUAUGGGAUUUUUUAUGCAUAAAUUAACAAGUAUUGAGGCUGAACAGGUCAAGAAGAAAAUGGCAGACAGCAAAAGAAAUGUACAAAAACGACCUCCUUCAAGUUCAGCAGAUAAUCAAACAAUACACAUAUAUGAAUUGAGAUAUGAUACAUAUUCAAACCUUGUCAAAGAAGCGGACACUGGUCUCACAUUUAUUAUUUGUGCAAAUGAAGAAUUCAAAAAAACUCUUCUUUGGAAAUUUGCAGAAAUAAUGCAACCAUAUUCAAGGUACAGUGCCUUGACCUUUGGUUUCUUACAACUAGAAUAUUAUAUAAGUUGGUAUCAGUCUUUAUUAGAAACAAGUAUGGACAAUAAAGUGAAACUAAACAAAAUUAAAAUUAAUAACUGUGUUGGUACAGUGUUGGCUAUUAAUGGCUAUAGAAAAUAUUAUUAUCUUUAUCAUCCAAAGAAAACACGAAAGUUUUUGAGAAAGAAGAAUAAUGUUGGUCAGGCAAUGGGAUUACUUGACUCUGAUGAUGAAAGUAGCGAGGAUGAAAGACAAAUAGAUAUUGAAUCUCAUGAUCAGAAGGUUAUGUGUGUACAAGAAAUGUUAGAUGGUUUAACUAUAUGGAUGGAUAGAGUUUUUGAUGGGUCCAUUCGUAAAGUUAGAAUAAAUGAAUGGCCUGAAAUGACAUAUUAAUAUUCAACAUUUGUCUUUUAUUAAUGAUUAUUUUAUGAUUGUAGUUGUGAUAUGCAUGCAUUUAUAUUAUUAGGGUUGCAGCCAUACUCUAUAUCUGCAUUCCCAGAAUUCCUUUUUUUUUUCCAGCAUUUUUAAAUUUUUUCUGGGAUGUCAUGUAGGAGUAAAGAUUAACCCAGAAAGUAGGAGAGAUUAUUUCCUGUCAUGAUUUAAUAAUAAUGAUAAAAUUUAUAUUGUGCAUCAAUUCAUCCCACUUGGGGAUGGUCUAGGCGCAUUAAUUGUUCACAUGGGUUAAUUAUAGUGACUAAACAGCCAGGUUUUCACACUUGAUUUGAAGAUAGACAAAUGGCAGCAAAUUCCAUAGAAUUGAUGCAUUGUACUGAAAAGUCCUUGAACCAAAUUUCUUCAUGUUAUAAACUAGUACAUCUAACAAUAGUUUACUCUUGGAUCUCUCUGACCUUUUUGGUUGGUAGUGAUUCAAGAGAUUCUCAAGAUAUCUUUGUGCUGUUUUAUUUAAUGUGUUAAAAUUUUAAAGUUAAUUCUCUCGCGCACUCGGAGACAGUGAAGAUUAUUUAAGAUGGGAGUGAUGUGUGAUUUAGGACUGGAUAAUAAUCGUGUGAUGAGGGUCUCUGUGUGGUGCAGUCCCCCUGCACUUACUAUUAGACAAAUCACUACAAGGGUCAAAUAGUUCGAUGAAAUGUCAUUCUUUUUCUUUUACUGCUGUGGGAUUUACUUAAAAUAAAAUAGGAAAACAAAAUCUACAUUAAUUGUAAAUAGAGGUAUAAGUUUUAUGGUUAUUGGAAUAUUGUAAGAGUGCAGUACCCUGGGUGUUACAAUUUCAACAUUUUGUCAGUAAUCCUUGGACACAGACAUGCUCAGAUAAACAGGCAUUAUGCAAGAGCUAAAUCUGCCUAUUGCAGGACUUUCUUUAGGCCUUAAAUGUGUAAAUUAUUAAUUAGACAUUAAUUAACUUACCAAAACCAUAGUCAACUCUUGAUGCCAUCGGAUGCCAGAGAUUUUCAACAGAUUUAAAUAUGAUUGACAGUUAAUGAUUUAAUUUAAAAAUGGAUAAUCGAGACAUUGUUUAUUAUUUUAACAAUGGUAGCAAUGACAAUCAAUGAUACACUUUUCUUCUAAGGGCGAUAAGUGAAGUAAUUUGACUGAAAUUUUUUACAUAUUCUCUUUUCAUUAUCUAUUUUUUUUAACUAUUAUAACAAGAACUGUCAGCUCUUUAAUUAACUCAUCUUACAUAAUGGCUCUUUAAUUAUGUUAUUCUGUAUAAAUCUGAUGAAGAUUAUCUAUUUAUAUACCGGUAGCCUGAUAACUUUUUGUCUCUUAUCGUCAUAUGAGGGAUUCUUCCAAACAACAAAAUUGUGGAGGUUGAAUCUCUAAAAUGGAUAUCAGUCGUAAAGUUGUUCAGUUCUGUUGAGUACGGUAUAUAAUGUAUGCAUUUAAAUUGUCAUUAAAAGUUUGUAAUUUGUAUUUGUUUUCUAACAUUGUAACCCUAGCUUAAUUUAUGAUAUUUAUGUCUGAUAUUAAAUUAGUGUUAUACUUUUCAUUGUUUAUGGUUUACAAAAAAAUUCUACUGCCAUAAGAACAAGUACCGGGUAUUAAAUACUUUUAAGGUGAUAAUGAAUUCUAGAGUGGCUGAACUCAAACAAGCAUAAUAUAUUUUGUAUAUCAAUAAGUAACAUAUAUGCAUGUAUAAUGAACAAACAGGUGUUCCAUAUGUACAGUUUCUGAACAUAAUAUAUGGGUGUAACCUACAUUGGUGGAAAGGCAACUUUAAGAAUACUUAAAAAUCAUCAUUAUUCUAAAUUCUAAAAACAUUUGAUAGGGACAUUAUAUUACACCUUUUGAAUUGUCUGUCUGUUUAUGUUUUCUUGAGUAUGAUGUCUUGUCCGUGUAAAUUUUGUAUGGUGCAGUCCUCCUGCACUUACUAAUAGAAUAUAUUAAUAGAUUGAUAGUUAUGAGGUACCACAGUUGAGUGAAUAAAUACUAGCAACUUGUAUUUGCAUAUAAGGUUAUAAAAUAUAAUUUAAAAUUUAGAUAUGUAUUGUAACAAUUUAUUGAUAAUGAAUGUAUAAUUAAACAGUUGGAGUGAUAUGUUAUAUUGAUCUCGUUUUAUUAUAUUAUUUUAGUGAAUACAUGUGCAAUAUAUAAUAGAAUUCAUGUAAAUCCAUCAAUGUAAAUAAUAUAUGUAUUUAUAACCUUCAAUUACAUAAAGCAGCAUGUCUCAAUUUCAUAUUUUAUUCCAUGUAAUUGCUUUGAAAAAAGUUUGUUUUACUUGAAACCAUAAGUUGGUUGAGAUACUUCAUGUGUAGUGAUUUUUACCCAUGUAGCUGUGAAGUAGUGAUGAUUCUUAACACAGGAUAACACUUCUCACAUAUUUCUGGAGUCAAGUUUACAAUAUUCGGUGGAAUUUGUCUUCUCGACAUCAAUUAAUAGUUACCAUUUCACAUGUUGUCUUGUGGUAAGUCUACCAUCUGAUGAAACGUAUUCAUUUUGAUAUUGGGAUUAAAAAAAAAAAAUAUU